UAGAAUAUCUGGUGCCAUCAAAUAUGUCAAGAACAAUAAAAGAACUCAUAACGAAGGAAUUUCUGUCAUGUAAGAUUUGCAAUGGUGAAUUUCAAAAUCCAAAAAUACUCAAAUGUCUGCAUACCUUUUGUGAAGCAUGUAUACUGUCAACCAUUCGUCAUCAAAGACUGAACUCGUCGUCGGAUGAUAUCUCAUGUCCGGUUUGUCGGACAAGAAUCGAAACAAAUUCGUAUGAUGAGUUGAAUCUUCAAACAAAUGAUCCUGUCCAGAAGUUAUUAGAGAUGAUACAGGGAUCACCACACAACGAAAGUUUUGUAGAAUUAUACAGAGUAAAACUCGAGCUUAAUCUUAAUUGGGAUCAAGUUGUAGCUAUUUCUGAUAAGAACCGUUGUGUUUAUCUUCAAAGAAACGUAGACGAUCUUCGAAAUGCUGUUAUUGGCUUGAGAAAGGAGCUAACAGAGGAGAAGAGCAAUAUCGAUGAACUUCAAACAACCCUUUCUGGAUUGCGAAGGGAGCUAACUGAGGAGCGGAGACGUAGCUGUUAUUUGCAGGAAAGUAACACCACACUCCAAGCUAGUACUAGUGACCUAGGAAGGGAGCUUACUGAGUACAAGAAACAGUUAACAAGUGAGAAGGAUGUCACUGCAAAACUCAAGGAACAGCUGGUUGAAAGGGACCAAACAAUUGGGAAUUUACGCAAACUUGCUAGGGACACAGAAAACCAGUUCUCUGAGCUGAAGGUACAAAAGGAAAACCUGGAAAAAGUAAUUGAUGAACUGAAAAAUUCAUCACUGACGAAUCAAUGCAUAACAUAUAUAGGAAAAUGUUUGUCGAGCAUUUGUCAGGCAAGUGUUAGCUGGCUGCCAAAAUGGUUCCAAAGAAAGCGGGAAGAAACAAAGAGAAGUUAAAUGAAAUAUACAGAAGUUGUCGGACAUGAAGACAUGUACAGCGUUGUGACUGAUGACAUUCACCUUUGACAGGAAUAUAUUUAAUUUAAUCACCAUGUUAUCAUUAAAGAUUUAUAUAAAAAAAGAUGGAAAUGAUAACUCUCUAAUGGAAUUUACCAAAUCUACCGUAGACAAUUUUCAUACCACCCACACAGAUACAUGUUAUCUGGAAAUACUUGACAACUUCUCUACUUGUAUCAAACUCGGAGGGUGAAUAGAUUCAGGCAUGUUGUUAGUCAAAUCGUCAAAAUGAAUCAUUGAAAGUGUCACUAAUGCGACCAGGUAAUUUUGCCUGCACUUACUUUAUACAUUCGCAAGUUGAUAUUUCUGUCACAGCAGAAGUUUUUAACAACACUUCAGGAGAGAAAUUACAAAUGAAAAACUCUGACUCUAAUCAAUGUUAUCUGUUUAUCGACAAUUUACCGUUUUAAUGUUAACUGACCUUACGGGUUGCUCGGCAGGCAAGGUAUACGAAAAUCAAAGCUUUCAGAAAACUGAAAACUUCAUUUUUUUUUUUUUUUUUUUUUUUGCUAUGGGGAAGCAUAGAAAAAGAUAUUUAUAAACGUUAUAGCCAUGUAAACUUUUUUGAACACUAGUGAAUUUACAAGUCCACAUGUCCUUUUUAUAUUUUGUAAUUGUUUCUGAUCUAAAGAUAAAUUUAUAGCACAUUUAACUUGAAACUGAAAGACUGAAAAUGUCCAGUUUGAUGGUAUAUGUUCAGAGAAAUGAUAAGGUAUAUUUGAUUAUCCGUUUUUACAACGAUGCAUUCGGUGAAUAAGUCUUGGCUUAACGCAAAAUUUGCAUUACUCGUGCACGCUAAUGGUUAUGUACUAGUACAAGAAAUUGUUCUUUAUUGCAUAUACAUUCAGUUACUUCAGAUCCAUUUUGAUACAUUUUCUAGAUUUUCACUCCGUCCCAGACCAAUUUUCCACAAGAUAUGCAUACAUUUGUUUCAAGAAAACGAAAAGAAAACGGGGUGUUGAAUAGUAUUCAGUGAAAUGCAAGUGAAAUGCAAGUCAGCUGAAGUCAGGUACAAUCAUAUUGCCACAUUUCAGCGAGCGGUCCGCAAAAUAAACAUCUUUCUUUAGCUUUCGCGUAAACAACUCGGAAACAUGCCAAAUUAAGUAUGAAAUGUGUCUUAUUUUAUGCAAAAUACAUUCUACGAGUGAAAUAUUGCCCAUUUGAACCCAUGCGCUAAAUGAAGGCAUAGAAAAAAUCUUAUUCAUUCUCUCAUUCUCUUAUUUUAAUUCUUUUUGCCAGUGUUGAAAAAUCAUAAAACUACAAAAAUAUGUUAUAAUGGAAUAAAAUGACAACAAAAAUAAAAUAACGUUGUUGUCAUACACUGACGUAAAAGAGAAUCUAAUUUUAUAGGUUAUUAACUUUGUAUGUGGAUAUAUGCUCGAGUUCUGCAGCGGUAAUAUUGCGCGACUUUAGGAGCGCAAUAUUAUCCACGAAAGAACGAGUGCAUAUAUUCACAUACAAAGAUGAUAACCUUUUUAUUACAUUUCCACUCUAAAAUGAUUAAGUUAUAUCUAAAUUAUCAAUAUGUAACGAAAGACAGGAAAAAUGCGAAAAUAAUUUCUCCGAAAAUGCAAUAUACAAAUCAAACUGACUCGCAUUAUUAUUUCCCCCCAAAAAUGACGUCAACUUGUUGUCACAACGUGCGCGUGGACGCCAUGGACGUCACGCGAUUCUUUCCAUUACAACGUUAAUAAAACAUUCCACGUCCGAUAUGAAAACGUUCCACGCCAUGAUAUGGAAAAAUAUUGCACGAUCGUGGUCCAUUGAAACCCACUGGAAAAUAAUUUUAGGCAUGUACUAAUGGCGUGAUAUUAAACCAUUUUCUGAUACAUGUAAAAUAUCAAAAUUCUGCACCUGCGUAUUUUUAUACAUGAUAUAUACCCGUUUUCUUAAAUACAAGUUAACGUGUAUUUUAUCUUAUUUAUUUUUUUUGUUUUUUUAUUAUUAGUGUGCGAAAGUAAAAUGAAUGAAAAUAUACCUUUGCGUGUUUGAACUUUUGAAUUUUUGUUAAUGAUAUAAUUAUUAUACUGAUCAAAAUGUGUGCUUAAUUUGAAAAUAUAACUUUUUGUACUUUUCAAAAUGGUUGUUAAAUAGCAAAUGACAGUUUAGUACGUAUAAAUUUAGUAAUAUUAUGUAUUGUUAUUACUGUUUUUGUUGUUAUAUUAAUAAAGUGAUUGUAAAUAGAUAAUACUCAUUUUUGUUGCAAAUUAGUAAUAUUUGUUAACAUACACGUGCAUGUAUUUAAAAUAUUCUGCUGUGUAUUACCUUCCUUGCCAUUUAUUCAUUUUCAUUUUAUGUAUUAUUAUUAUUUUAGAUAAAUCCAUUCUUUUAUAUACUGCCUAAUUAUUCCUAGGAGAAAGUGUCUAGAACUUUUAAUUCAGUAGAUCUAUAAGACUAUUUGUGAUAUAAAUCUUAAUUCACUGGUGAAUGGACUUUAAAUACAGAGGCGGUUACAUUGUAAUUGUAUAGUGUAUUGAAUUCUUAUCUUCUCAUUACUUAAAUCUUUGAACAUACUAUUUUCAGUAACAGUCUAAUUCACAUCAGCCUGAAAUUCAUUCAAAUUUUGUUUGAGCGUAAAUUGUUGUUGUGAUUAGUUACAAUAAAAGUUUCCUUUGCUUUUCAUUUAUGUCAAACCAUGACUAUUACAUAAGAUUAUGCCGUUAUACAUGUCUCUUCAGGUAUAACAUACUGACUUAGUCAUUCUUAGUUUAAUCAUAUUUGUAUAAAAACAACAGCAAACCAAAAUUAUAUCAAGGCAUAUAAUACUACAGUGCAUCCAAACACAUUCGGUGACUUUGCAGUAGUGUUACAAAAGGUUUACCAACAUUAGAAAUAGGUCCGUUCCUGGGUGUCAAAUUAAUGUUACCCGCGCGCUUAGCUCAGUAGGUAGAGCGUUGGUCUACGGAUCGCGGGGCCGUGAGUUCGAUCCUCGGGCGGGGCAUGUUCUCCGUGACUAUUUGAUAAACGACAUUGUGUCUGAAAUCAUUAGUCCUCCACCUCUGAUUCAUGUGGAGAAGUUGGCAGUUACUUGCUGAGAAUAGGUUUGUACUGGUACAGAAUCCAGGAACACUGGUUACGUUAACUGCCCGCCGUUACAUGACUGAAAUACUGUUGAAAAACGGCGUUAAACCCAAAACAAACAAACAAACUAAUUAAUGUUAGAUUAAACUACUAUUAAAUGGCGGAUUUUUGUUCGGAAGAGUGCAGAAAAAAAUAAAAUUUUCAGAUAUUAAAGGAGUUCAUCACAAUAUUUUGUGCGCAACUUAAUCGCGCAGCAAGCAAUAACUUCACAAUGCACCUCCGAAAGUGCAUAAUACAGCACACUUGCGCAGAAAUAUCCUACAUACUGACAUUAUAGGUCGUGCAUAUUUUACCUUUAAAAGUGAGGGUGUUUCAUGGGUGGAGUAGUCGUAGGAAGUUCGUGUCCAAGAAUCGAAUACAUUGUUGACAUCCAAGUUAAACUAUUUCGUCGAGUAAUAUUUCAGCCGACUCUAAGUCAGAUAAAAUUCCAGAAAGUCUUAACGUAGAUCUAUCUCCUUCAAGUUCAAAUGUGACUUGCUAAAAGUUUCGUUAUACUUUUUGUGCCCCAUCCCAGAUUUCACGUAGUAAGACCAGAGCUAUGGGUCUUGACAGUCAAAAUGUACGUAAAGGGCCUAAACAUUCUAUCGCAUGUACCUCAAAAAGUAUAUGGCCUAGAGUCAUGAACCCUUACAAGACCAGGGCUUUUAUUUGAGGUUUCACUCAGUAAAACCAGAUUUAUGUCCCUUGACUUAGUCAAAUAUAUACGUAAUAUGGCGCGAAAGCUUGUGUAGCACGUACAUGUAUCUCAAAAAGUAUUUGACCUAGAGGCAUGAAACAUUAAAGGAGCGUUAUUCAGUAUGUGAGUAAGAAACUUAGUUAUGAAACUGUUUAUAACAUUAUGCAAUUUGUUGUGUAAGAAAAAAAGGUUCAUAAUUUUUAGGUGGGUGGGGUAAUGAAAAAAUACUGUUGUGGGAGGAAUGAACUUUUUUUUCUUCUUGUAAACAUGCACGAGAUGGUAUCAUUUUUUUUUUUUUUUUUUUUUUUUUUUGGUUCAGAAUUUUUUGACCUAGUUCUAGCUUACGUAAUGCAAAAUUUGGUAAAAUUCUGUCCGCUAGAUUUUUCAUAUCUUUAGGAAAUACUUUGUGUUUUUCUCAGUUUCAGAUACUUUCGACAUCUGCCAAGAAUAUUUUUCUGUGUUAAUAUAUCUAUAUGUUGACAUUUUAUGCACAGUUAUUAUAGUGGUUUCAUUAAUUGUGAUGCAAAAACAGUAUCAUCAGAGUGAAUUUUUAAUGUAAAUUGCAGUUUGCACUUGUUUUAUUAUGACAUGUAUGUAUUGUUUCUUCAGACAAAAAUACCAAUUUGGUGUUCUUAAUAAACUUUGAUAUUGAAAAAAGAAGCACGGGUACCUCUCAUUUUUAACUUUUAUAUUUAACUUGUAAUACAUCAUUUUAUAAAUAUGUAAAGUUAUAGAAAAAUCUGUCCGCUAGAAAUAAUUGUGAAAAAACAUCUUUAAUUUACCUAUACAUAGUAGAAGAGUUAAGAUAACGGCUAUCUAAAUAGAAGAAAAAAGAAAAGAGAGAGAAAAAAAAUCGAAAAAGACAACAACAUACGCAAUCAAGCGCAAAAUGAUUCAAUGCAAUAUCACCACACCUGCUGUCACAUCCCCACACCCAGUCCAACCCAGAGUUCUCAAAUCAGAUAUAUAGUCAGAUGAUACAGGAGGCAGUGGUAGAGAAACUAUGUGUGUUUUAUAUAUGUUUGUUCUUCUAGAAACAAAGUUUUGUUCCCCUUAUUAGUUAGUGAAUCAAUUCCGUGAAGUAAUUUGUAAGUACUAAGUGAAUGGAAUCUACGAGUAUCGAUAAAUAACAAGCGACAAUCAUUGGUAUAAUCGCUACAUUCAAAAACAGUGUUCCACAUCUUUAAUACCAUGAUGCCUACAAGAGCAAUCAGGAUAGUCUUGUAAAUGGUUAUAAAAGAGAUCAUUGUUGAAGUUGCUACAUCGGUUUCUAAUACGUGUUUGAACAUAAUUAUUGAAUCUACUUUUAGAUAAAAAUGCGGAACAGUUGGAGAUUUAAAUUUGCUCUUCAAUUUGUUCUUAAAAUAUAUGUGUUAACAUUGCGUGUCCGAAGGUCAAGGUUAUUCCAUAGUGUUACUAAACUUGGAUAUAACUGAUAACGACGUUAGUGUCUUUUCCUGUUUGUUGGUGCACAAUUGUCUGUAAGGUUAUCCGGAAGAAGUUCGUUGUUUCCUUUGGGCUAAAAAAAACAAAAACAGGCCAUGUUUUUGCAAAAUUUAAUGAGCCAGUGCGGAUUUAUUUUUUAUUUUUAUUCUUUGUUUUAUUAACGACAUUGCCCGUUUUAUAUGUAUUCCACUGAUGUACAUAGAUUUUUAACACAUUUAAAGAUAUUGUAUCAUAUGUAGAUAAUAAUUUAAAAGAACAAUACUUGUUCUGAAGGUUGCAUUUGGCAAUCAAUAUAUUCUGAGAAAAUUACUAUAAAUAUUAAACAAGAAAUUGUUGGAGCAUGAACACCAGACGAAAUUGACGGCAGACAAAACAUGACCACAAAAGCUCACAUUGUCACUACGUCACAACUGAGCAAUAACAACUGAUCUAUUAAAAGGAAAUGGAAUGAGAGCCCCAUGAAAGUUUGUAUAUAAUAUGUUUGAUGAUGAUUUUCAAUUUGUGUUGAUAGGAAACACUAUGGUGGAAUGUUGGCAGAUUCAACUAAUGUCCGGCAGCCCAUAUUAAGCCCGGGGUCUUGGUGUAGGUGAUACAUUUCUGGACUUUAAUCUCUGAAACCUCUGAAACAGGAUUAUAGGUUCUGGCCCUACAACUAACUAGGAUUCUUUAUGUGAGAACGUACGCAGCUGCUUACGAACUAUAGGUUCCAGUACUGGUCUUUCCCAGAAGUGAUGGUUAGAUGAACUGACCGCAUGAUAUAACUGAAAUAAUGCUGAAAAUGGGCGUACAUCCGAACACUGAAACUGACCCAUAUUAAACAAGUACAUCAACUUGUAUUUUGUAAUAAUGUACGUUUAUAGAAUAUACAGAACACCAAGGUUAAAUAGCAGUAAUUCGGUCAAAAAUGUGCUUUGAAAGAAGUCCCUAAUACAUAGAUCCUAUUUUUUUAUUUUUCGCGCAUUUGUGUGUUAACCGGAGGCCAAAUGGGCAUUAUUUCACUGGUGGAAUGAAUUUUGCAUAAAAA